AUGGAGAGCGCAAAGCGGCGGGCAGCACAGCUCUCGUCGCAGGUAGUGGCUGGCGAAGGUGGCGUGGAGGGCCCUUGGUCUGCUGCAGUGCCGAGCAACUUCGACGUGCUGCCAGGCAGCAACGAUGCUGAGAUCUCUGGCCACCUUCGGUGGAUGUCGCAGAAGAUGGUCCUGGGCCAGGACAUGCUACUGCUGGGGCCUCCGGGCUCCCUGCGGCGUCAGCUCGCGCUGCGCUUCUGUGAGCUGGGUGGCCGCGAGGCAGAAGUCCUCACUGUAACCCGGGACACGACGGAGGCUGACCUGAAACAACGGAGAGAGUUGACGAGGACUGGCGGCAGCAGCGAGACAUUCUAUGCCGACAGCGCUCCUGUUCGGGCCGCGCUGUGUGGGCGGAUACUGGUCCUCGACGGCCUCGAGAAGGCCGAACGCAACGUACUGCCCACCUUGAACAACCUGCUGGAGAACCGCGAGAUGGGUUUGGACGACGGCCGCCUGCUGAUUCCGGCGCGCAGAUACGACACGCUCUCGCAGGAGGCAUUGUCUGCCGGCAUAGGCAAAGCCCGACUGGCCCGUGUCCACGAGGAUUUCCGGGUCGUCGCACUGGCCGUGCCAUGUCCGCCCUGGCCUGGGAAUCCGCUGGAUCCUCCGUUGAGGUCGAGAUUUCAGGCGCGUAUCGUUAUGCCGCCCACCUUGGCCUCCGUGGCGCAGGUCUCUCCCUUUGUAGGCCUUCCGAGUUCCAGCAGCGACUUCGAGGCGCUUCUCAGGCGGCUCUCGGCUCUGCAGCGGGCCCUGGACGGCAGCACAGGCAAACUGCCAGGCGGGUUCCGUACGCCAGCCUUGACCUACGACGCCCUCGUGAGGCUGUUGCGGAUGGUCACCGUCUCCGAGGGCAGCACGGAAAUGCGACCGAUACCUUCCGAGGCCUUUCGCCGCAUCUACCCAGUGGCUUACUUGGCUCCCAGUGCCGGUGCUGGCGGUGCUGCAGUCCGAGAUGCAGCGGAACAGCUGCUCAGGCACUUUGACCUCUGGGCUGAGGAGCCAGCGCCCCUCACAGUGCUUCCUUCCAGUUCUUCCACAUCUCCAAGCGGAAUGCUUCAGUUGCGGCUGCAGCACUCAGAAGGCCGCGAGGGAACCUUGUCUUUGUGGUCGCCGCAACUUCCUGCCCCAGCCACCCAGUACCUCGCGGCUCCGCGCUUGGCCGCGGUAGUGGCGGCCAUGGCUCAGGACUAUGCCGCGGGCAGCGACUGCCUCCUCUUGGGCCCUGCCGGCUGCGGCAAGAGUGCCAUGGCCAGGCACCUGGCCGGCCUCUUGGGCUUCGGUGCCCCCGGCGGUCGAGGCCUAGAGUUCUUCUUCCUCCACGAGGAGAUGUCAUCGCGUGACCUGCUGCAACGCCGUGCGACCAACGACGAUGGUGACACAGUUUGGGUGGACUCCCCCCUUAUACGCGCUGCUCGUUCAGGGGCUCUCUGCAUCCUCGACGGCGCCCAUCGCCUCAAGGGUGACGCGCUGUGCGCUCUGGCACCGCUCUUGCAGGACCGACAGGCCUGUCUGGCGGUUGCCGGCGACAGCCAAGGAGCGGUUCUUGCCAUGUGUUGCUGUGGGUUUCUAAAGGCUGGGCCGUUGCUGUAA